UUAUAACUUUUUUUUUUUUUCUGUUGUCAGGUGAGUUAAUCGAUUAUCAACUAAGGCAUAGUAGAUUAAGGAACAGACUACUAAAAUCAUUGUCAAAUAAUGAAAUUGAUUACUAAAAGUAAUAAAAACAACCGUAAUACCGUCAAUGAAACUCAACGCAAUUCAAAAAAUAAGAAGACGAAAUUAUUUCAAAAAGGCAGUAGAAACUGCACAUGCAUAAUAGGAAGUAUUUUGUACUUUAUAGCAAAGCCCACAUUGUUCAGAAAGAAUUUACAAGAGGCCAUCCAUCAUCACUAAUCUUGAAGCUUCACUACAUCUGCACCUGAACAAUCUUUAAGACCACCUGAUAAAGUCGUACUAAUUUUCCGUAUUGGACUACGGUACGACAUAACCAGGUAAACCGCGCUGUAGGAAUGAAGAUUGUAGUGUACAGAGUUGUCUUCUUCAUUAGAUAGGUCAUACAAAUAGCCGAAAUUCCCAUGAGCAAUUUCCGCAGAACAAUAUGUUCCCCCAAAAGUAACACUGGGAAAGUUAUCCAUAAAAGGGGAGAUAUCUGUACUAGGUUCUUUGUAAAAGGAGCUAUCACGCCCACGGCAGCAGAAUAUAAUUCCACCAAAGACUUGUACUUUUUCAUUAUUACUACUUACACUUUUCUCACAAUCCAACUUUAGAUGCAUCAGCUUAUCAUAAACACUUUUCCUAGAUGACAAAGCAGCUUGUGAAUCGGGGAUGUAGAAACAGAAUUUUGCUCCAGAUCUAAUACCAUCAUUCACACCUAGGUACUCUUCUUCGCAUCUGAAAGGCCAAAAAGAAAAGAAAAAAAAAAGUUGCUCAUUCUCUGGACAGUUACAAAGACGAAUAAGGCAAGAAAUUUUCGCCUCAUCAAGAAAGAGAAUUUGUAAAUAAAUGAGUCGAGCAGAACAAAAUAAAACUUACUCCAAAAAUUUAUGGAGCCCGUGAAAUCGCAUCGGUGGUGCUAUUUCCACUCCAUAUGUAGCUCCUCUACUUCUUAUUACUCCAACAUAGAGAGGUGCAACAGGAAAUUGAAUAAUUUCUCCAACCUGUCUCAACUAUUCUUGUUAGAGAUGAAACGGUAAAAGAAUAAAUUAUGAUUAAAAUUUUGAAUGUCAAUUAUAGAUAUCUGAUUGCGUAAAUCAUCUAGAAUAGCAUAACCUCCAAGAUCAUGCGGAACUGUUUCUCUGGUUGCAGUGAGCAUAUUGUCACGGCCCGCUAGUUUUGGCCCAACCCCUUGCCAAUUUCCCUUGGGUUGGGGAGGUUAAAAAGUCCAAGAUUUAGCCUUAAUAGGGUUAAGCCCAAGUUGGCCCAAAUGUAUAGAGGUAGGUAGAGGUAGGUAGAGAUAUUUUAGGAAUUCUUUGGAGUGUUCUAGAGAACCACUCCCAACCGUUAGAUCAAAUAGAUCUCCACCGUCCAUUGAGGAAAUGGACUAGUAUAAAUAGAGGUAGGAUCCUCAUUUGUAAUCAUCCAAGAAAUCCAACAAGCACUUAAGCAAUAAAGUACCUUCUUACAAACUCUCUUAUCUUCUUAACUUCUUUCUUCGUUUCCAUCGCUUAGCAUUCGCAACACAUUUCGGGAGAGGAUGACUUAGCUAUCGCGAGGGGCGAGAAGGAGCUAAGGCCGCGCGGUUCUUUGUUAAGGGAACAAGUCCGUGACAAGUGGUAUCAGAGCCCGGCUAAGGGCUUUGUGUUGAUCGAAUUCUCAACGAUGGCGAACGUUGAAGAUAUUUCGUACAUAACCGAGGGACGUGGCAGGGAGGCCCAAGUAAACAACAAGAAGAAGAGGGAUCACAGCAAGGCUCGUGUGGAGAGUACCGUUAAUGAGGCCGUGCUAACGGAUCAUGGCGAAAGACUCGAGAGGCUCGAGAAUAACAUCGCCAUAGCGGAGCUUAGCGAAUGAUUCGAGAAGCUCGAGCACGAUACGGAAAGUGUUGGAGAAUCACGUCGCCGAGCAACUCGAUUUGUUUAGAGACAAUGAGACGUUGCGGGAGGAACAGUUGGAUCGAUUGGAGGCCAUCAUCCAAUCCCUCCAAGAGAGCAUCGAGGGGAUGCACGACGACUUGGCCUUGUGCAAAAAGGCCGCCGCUAACGGUAGCGUUGGUGCUACUCCGAGUCCAAGGGUGGACUGCCCGAAGCCAACGGGAUUCAACGGCGGAAGGGACGCCAAGGAAGUUGAGAACUUCCUAUGGAGGAUGGAGCAAUAUUUCGAGGGUAUCGGUAUAGUCGACGAGACGACUAAGGUAAGAACUGCUUCCCUUCAUCUUUCCGAUACGGCAAUGUUAUGGUGGCGUAGAAAGCACGCCGAUAUCGAGAAAGGCAUUUGCCGAAUCGAUACUUGGGAAGAGUUCAAGAGGGAACUCAAGCAACGAAGUUCAAUCCGCGAGUACGUGAAGGAGUUCACCACCCUCACCCUUCAAAUUCCCAACCUUUCCGAGGAGGAUCUCCUUUUCCACUUCACCGAUGGGUUACAAGGCGGGGCCAAGCAAGAACUCCACCGACGAGACAUCAAAUCCGUCGAUGAAGCUAUUGCCGCCGCCGAGUCUUUAACCGAGUAUCAACCGAGAGAUUCGUUGCGGAAAGAGAAGUGGAACCCGACUAAAGGCGGAGGAGAGAGACGGGACAAUCAUGGUUGGGACCAUCGAGAUAACCGAGACCCACGGCGAGCGUCAACCUCGAGGGGAGGAGACAAGCCAUCCUCACGCCAACAACUUGAAGAGAAGAAGAAGUCGUUUGUGCCUAAGGGAGGAUGCUUCGUGUGCAAGGGGCCGCACGCGAUGAGUCAAUGUCCCAAGAUGGGGUCAUUGUCGGCACUCUUACAACAAGAGGCCGAGCAAGGCACAAACGAGGGGCUAGGCAACAUGGGAUCGCUCCAACUUCUGAACGCCUUAAAGGCUAAUCCGGUGCCGGCAACAUCAAGCAAGGGGCUGAUGUACGUGGAGGCCCGCAUCAACGGUACCCCAUCAAAGGUGAUGGUAGAAACGGGAGCGACCCACAACUUUAUUACCGAGGACGAGGCCAAGAGGGUUGGCCUACGGUGGACCAGACGAGACGGUUGGCUCAAGGCCGUCAACGCUAAGACACAACCGCUCAACGGUGUAGCACGAGACGCGGAGCUACACUUAGGCAUUUGGAAGGGCCAAGUGGAUUUUUCGGUAGCACCGAUGGAUGACUUCAAGGUGGUGCUAGGCAUGGAUCUCUUCUGCAAGGUAAUGGCUAUCCCGAUGCCUUGUUUUAAUUCAGUUUGUAUCUUAGAGAAGGGGACACCUUGCAUGGUGCCAGCCACCAACGGCACCACUAAGGAAGCAAGCACGCAACCAAGGCAACUGUCGGCCAUGCAAGUUGCCAAGGGAGUUCGACGGGGCGAGCCAACAUUUUUAGCCGCUUUAAAGGAGGACAACCCACCCGUCGACAAAGAGGAGGACGUGCCACCGAUCAUCUAAACCGUCUUGGAGGCCAACCAA